AUGAGCCUCGCGCGGGUGCUACACGCGGCAGCGCUGCUGCUCCUCGCGCCAGGGUGUUUUCCAGGAGCGGCUGGUGACACCGUGACGCUGCAGGAGGGCCAGGCCCUGCAGCUGCGCUGCAGGCUGGGCGGCGCGAGCGGCGCCGCGCGGCAGUGGCUCGACCCGCGGGGCUUCGUCCUGUUCCUCAACGCCCGGCGCGGUUUAAAAGAUCAGAGGCUCAAACUUAUCCAUUAUUCAAAGAAAGAGUUAUCUAUCCAACUGUCUAACAUAACAGUGCGUGAUGAAGGCGUAUACAAAUGCUUCUACUAUGGCACCCCAUUCAAAACCAAGAACAAAACCGUCAAGGUGUUAGCUGCUCCUUCCAAACCAGUAGUGCAAGUAUCUCAAGACACAGAGAAAGGCAUCACGCUGUCCUGCUACACCAAAGGAAGCAGACCACAGCCGCGCAUUAGUUGGCUCUUGGACAACGGGAUAGAGCUUCCCGGUGCCACUCGGCACACGGUGGAGGCGGACGGGAGGAGAUGGAGCACGCGCAGCACGCUCACGGUGCUCGCGCACCGGCCCGGCGCCACGGCCACCUGCGUCGCCCACCACCGAGCGCUGGGAGAGGACGGGCUGGCUGCAACCUUCCGCUUCGGGAGCGGCCCGGCGCCUGUAACAACUACACAUUCUGCUCCAACUGCAGUAGGCACAGAGACAACCAUCUCGGAGAACGCGCCCUCGAAAGUAAAAGAACCGUUGCUGUUCGCGCUGAAGAGCAUUUGCACAGUGUUCAGAGCUGUUUCACCUUUCUCCCCAGCGAGCACAGCAAAGUCGGAUCUGAACAGCAGUACAGCCUUUUCUCUCAGCUACCCACAAUUUACUGGUGAGAUUUUUACUUCCACUGCAGCAGGAGAUGAAGAAGGCUCUGGUACUUGGAGUUACAACGUCCCCAAUGGGACUGAAACAACCUUCCAUGGAACAGUCACACAAGAACUCUACCGGACAGAAGCCUCAUCACCCACUGAAAACUCAACCAUGAUGACCACCCUCACCUUCAAGCAGGAUCUGAAAAAUGAAAGCAUCAAAAAGGAGAAGAAUCUUCUGCUGCCAGUCCUGGUGGCUGCUCUCAUUUUCGUGCUGCUUAUCAUAGUCUUGCUUUUCAUGAGGAAGCUCAAAAAAGCUCACGGACAGUGGAAGAGAGAGAAUGAUGCUUCGGAGCAGACACUCGAGAGUUAUAAAUCCAGGUCUAAUGAAGACAAUUCAGGCCCCGAGAAGAACAAACAAGUUGUCAAUCACAAGUCUGAUGUGCAAUCCAUAACAAACGGAUAUGUGGAAACAACACAGAAGAAUCCAACAGACAAAAGUUUUGCAAUAGCUGAGAAACUGUUUGCAUGUGGAAAAGAAACUGAUGUUUAG